AUGGUCGAUUGGAGGAAGAAGUCUACAUUGAUCAACCGUUUGGGCUAUAAGGUUGAAGGACAAGAAAAUAAAGUCUUGAAAUUGAAAAAGGCUUUAUAUGGGUUGAAGCAAGCUCCGCGGGCUUGGAAUAGUAGAAUUGAUAAAUAUUUUCAAGCAAAUGGUUUUUCAAAAUGUCCACAUGAACAUGCACUUUAUGUAAAAAUUGCUAAAAAUGGAGACAUUUUACUUGUUUGCUUGUAUGUAGAUGACUUGAUUUUUACAGGAAAUAAUCCUAAGAUGUUUGAAGAAUUCAAGGAAGCAAUGGCUAGAGAAUUUGAGAUGACGGACAUUGGAUUAAUGUCCUACUAUCUUGGCAUUCAAGUGCAACAAAGGAAGGAUGGGAUUUUUAUUUCUCAAGGAGAAUAUGCAAAGGAAACUCUCAAGAAGUUCGAGAUGGAUAAUUGCAAUCCCGUGAGCACCCCCGUUGAAUGUGGAGUUAAAAUAUCCAAGCAUGGAGAUGGAGAAAAUGUAAAUUCCACAUUUUUCAAGAGUCUUGUUGGAAGCUUAAGGUACUUGACAUGCACAAGGCCGGAUAUUCUUUAUGGUGUUGGACUUGUGAGCCGCUUUAUGGAAGCUCCUACUACCUCCCAUUUAAAGGUAGCAAAAAGAAUACUUCGGUACAUCAAAGAUACACUUGAUUAUGGAAUUCUUUAUUCAUCUUCUAAGGAUUCUAAGUUUGUGGGAUAUUGUGAUAGUGAUUGGGCUGGUGAUAUUGAUGAUCGUAAAAGUACUACUGGGUUUGUUUUCUUUCUUGGAAAUUCUGCAUUUACAUGGAAUUCUAAAAAACAACCAAUUGUUACUUUGUCAACUUGUGAGGCUGAGUAUGUUGCAGCUUGCUCAUGUGUUUGUCAUGCAAUUUGGUUAAGAAGUUUGUUGGAGGAACUUCACCAACCACAAAAGGAUGCCACAAAGAUUUUUGUUGACAACAAGUCGGCUAUCGAGUUAGCCAAAAAUCCUGUAUUUCAUGAAAGGAGCAAGCAUAUAGAUACAAGAAAGAUUACCUGGUUUGAAGAAGCCCAUCUCAAAUUUUCCACCCAAAGAAACUACUGUUACGCUCAUAGUUAUGGUUUUGUCCGCAUCAAGGGUAUCUCCAAGGGAAAAGGUCUCAUUUGCAGUGAUGGUGUUAGCUCCAAAACAGAAGCACGAGAAGAGUACAAAUUGCAGGAAAAAGAGAAAUUUUUUAUUUUUGAUUUCCAUGGUUGGUUAUUGCACUAG